AUGUCCGCUGUCAACCGUAGCCUGCGUUCCGCCUCCAAGCAGCUGCGUCUCCAGCCUACUCGUGUCCUGCCCUGCGCCGCUGCCAUCCGCUCGGCCUCCGUCGGCGCCCUUCGCAUCACCGGCUCGCUUCCUGCCUCCCGCAACACCUUUUCCACUACUGCUGCCAGACUCUCCGGUGCUCCCAACAUGACUUCCGGUGCCAGAGAAUACGAUCCCGAAAUCAAGGACAUUGCCGACUUUGUCGCCAACAAGCCCAUUGACUCUGAGCUUGCUUUCGACACUGCGCGAUGGAUCCUCCUCGACACCCUCGGCUGCGGUCUUGAGGGCCUCCGCUUCAAGGAGUGCACCAAGCUCCUCGGCCCCAUUGUCCCCGGCACCGUCGUUCCCAACGGCACCAAGGUCCCCGGCACUCCCUUUGUCCUCGAUCCUGUUAACGGCGCCUUCAACAUUGGUGCCAUGAUCCGCUGGCUCGACUUCAACGACUGCUGGCUGGCCGCCGAGUGGGGUCACCCCUCUGACAACCUGGGUGCCAUCCUCGCUGUCGCUGACUGGGUCAACCGCACCAACAAGGCCGGUGGCAGCCUUGCCGGGGGCAAGAUCUUCACCAUCAAGGAUGUCCUUGAGGCCAUGAUCAAGGCCCACGAGAUCCAGGGCUGCCUCGCCCUCCUCAACUCCUACAACAAGGUCGGCCUCGACCACGUUGUCCUGGUCAAGGUUGCCUCCACCGCCGUUGUCUCCAAGAUGCUCGGCCUCAACGAGAAGCAGAUUGCCGACGCCGUCACUCAGGCUUGGGUCGAUGGCCAGUCGCUCCGUACCUACCGCCACACCCCCAACACCAUGUCCCGCAAGUCCUGGGCUGCCGGUGAUGCCUGCCAGCGCGCCGUCAACCUGGCCCUGAAGGUCAUGAAGGGUGAGGCUGGUGUUCCCACUGUUCUCUCCGCUCCCGUCUGGGGCUUCUACGACGUCCUCUUCAAGGGCAAGAAGUUCGAGUUCCAGCGCCCCUACGGCAGCUACGUCAUGGAGAAUGUCCUCUUCAAGGUCUCGUACCCUGCCGAGUUCCACUCCCAGACCGCCGUUGAGGCCUCUGAGAAGAUCUACCACCAGCUCAAGGCCAUGGGUAAGUCGGCCGCCGACAUCAAGGCCAUCACCUGCCGCACCCACGAGGCCUGCAUCCGCAUCAUCGACAAGCAGUUCAAGCCCAUGGACAACUUUGCCGACCGCGACCACUGCAUCCAGUACAUGUGCUCCGUCAUGCUCGUCUUUGGCCGCCUCGAGGCUACCGACUACACCGACGGCGGCGAGGCCGCCACCUCGGAGCUCGUCGAGUCCCUCCGCAAGAAGAUCAAGUGCGUCGAGGACACCCAGUACACCCAGGACUACCACAACCCUGAGCUCCGCACCAUCUCCAACGCCCUCACCGUCGAGCUCAACGACGGCACCGUCCUGGACGAGGUCGCUGUCGAGGCUCCUCUGGGCCACCGUCUCCGCCGUGACGAGGCCAAGCCCGUCAUCCUCGCCAAGUACAAGCGCCACCUCACCCCUCACCUUCCCGAGGCUCGCGUCAACGAGCUUGUUGAGCUGAGCCAGAAUGCCAAGAAGCUCGAGACCAUGACCGUCGACGAGUACGUUGACCUCUACACUGUUGAGAAGAGCAAGUUCCUGUAA